CUUCAUGCUAUAGAAAACAUGUGAAGCAAUUUUUUUUUUCUCACCUUUGCGAAAUAAUGGACAUCCCACAUCUUCUGGUGUAAAGACAAGUGUUGACUUUUUCACAGUCUUGCCUUUUGCUGCAGAGUAUAGCAGAGCAUCCUGUCUGGGGGUCUCAUCUAAACUCAAGGUGGACCUGGAGGCAGAGGAAGGAAGGGGAGAAAGUAGUAAACAAAGGUGUAUUUUAGGACACAGUUUGCAUGAGGGAACUCAAACUUUAGCUUUAUUUAUAAGAUCUUAUCAUAACUUUUGCCUUCCUGCUGCCCAUUGACCUGGUGAACACCAUGGAUUGGCUGGUCGCCGCUUACCGGAGGUCCUUUGUCAGACUUGUUGCUUCGGACACUGGACUUGAGAUGAAGAGGCGACGCAAGUACUGGUUUUGGAGGCGGAAAGGUAAAAACGCAAAGAUGUGUCUGCUCUGCUGUUAUGAGAAGAGAGGCAAACCUGGCUGUUUCCAGGCCAAGAACGCAGAUGAGGGAGCUUGUGUGGCGGUGAAAAUCGAACACUCCAGAGCUUUAGGCAACAGCCCGUCUUGCAGCAGUAAUACGCCCAGUGUCCAGGACUGUCUGAGUCGAGCAGCAUCUGGGCCCAGUAAGAGGAGCCUCGGAGGGGUCAAUGGAAGAGGCCUCGGCAGCAGGCCUCGGUCCACGUCUAAACCACAAGUGCCUCCAAAGCCUGCGCAUCUUCAGAGCCCGGUGACGGAGCUCUCAUCUCCGCUGGGCCACAUCCAGAAACCACCCAAGUACCAAAACCAGAGAUCAAUCAUGGAGGAAGGAGGCGGAGGAGGAAAAGGGCCUGUGAACAGGGAAAGAGUCAGAGACAAACCCUCCAAAGUCUCAGACCUCAUCAGCCGCUUUGAGGAGAACAGCAGUACAGAGAACAAGAGAGACGGCUCGCCAUUGAAACAGAUCAGCAAGUCGUCCAACUGCAGCCCGGCUCACCGAGGUUACCAGAGGCAGACGGAGAGCGAGAGGAACCAGGAGAACCACUCGGCCGUGGAUCCGGGCUCCAAGUCGCAGGAUGCGCGCAAACCGGCGUCUAACGGGGUGGUAGCGCAGAUGGAGAAGGACAAGCAGACGAAGGAAGAUACAAAGAAGGAGACGGACAAUGAAAGUGUGAGGACAGAGACCGCAGGGAUGGUAAAUGGAGAUAUGGUGGACGAGAGCGCAGAACAGACAGGGGAUCGGUCACCUCCGCACACGGACAGGACUGGUACGGAAAACCACACGGAGAAUGAGGACAGUGGGACUAAAACAGACAGGGAACAUAGGAAUGAAGAAGGGAGCGCAGACCACAAGGAGACGAAUGAACAGAAGCUGUUUAAGAUCGCCAGUGAACUCCUGCAAACAGAGAAGGCUUAUGUAGCGCGACUCAACCUGCUGGACCAGGUAUUCUGUGCUAAACUAAUGGAAGAAGCAAAUAAAGGAACUUUCCCUGUUGAUGUAGUGAAGAACAUCUUCUCCAACAUUUCUUCCAUCAACGCCUUUCACGGCCAGUUUCUGCUUCCAGAUCUGGAGAAACGCAUGGGAGAAUGGGAAUCCACACCUCGUAUCGGGGACAUCCUGCAGAAACUCACACCCUUCCUCAAAAUGUACGCUGAAUAUGUGAAGAAUUUUGACAAGGCCAUGGAGCUGCUGAAACAGUGGAUUGACCGUUCACCUCAAUUCAAGGCCAUUAUUAUGGACAUACAGAGUCAGGAGGUUUGUGGCAACUUGACCCUUCAGCAUCACAUGUUGGAGCCAGUGCAACGAGUCCCUCGAUAUGAGAUGCUGCUUAAAGACUACUUGAAGAAGCUGCCGCAGGAUGACCCUGACCGACGAGAUGCAGAAAAGUCAUUAGAAAUUAUUGCCACGGCAGCCACUCACUCCAACAGCGCCAUUCGGAAAUCUGAAAAUCUAAAGAAACUGAUGGAGAUAUACGAGAUGCUGGGUGAGGAGGAGGACAUCGUUAACCCUUCCAAUGAGUUCAUCAAAGAGGGCCACAUCCUGAAGCUAGCAGCCAGGAACACCUCUGCCAUGGAGCGAUACCUCUUCUUGUUCAACAACAUGCUAUUGUACUGCGUGCCCAAAUUCAGCCUGGGGGGGCCGAAGUACACAGUGAGGACACGGAUCGGUAUCGACGGGAUGAAAGUGUUGGAAACGACCAAUGAGGACUACCCUCAUACCUUCCAGGUGUCUGGGAAGGAGAGGACACUAGAGCUACAGGCCAGCUCAGAACAGGACAAGGCCGGCUGGCUAAAGGCUUUCCAGGAGACCAUUGAGAUCUUUCAGCUGAAGAAUGAAUCAUUCAAGAACGCGUCUAAAGAGGUGGAGGAAGUAUCGAAAGCGGAGCUGGGGAAACGCGCUCCUCGCUGGAUCCGUGACAACGAGGUGACGAUGUGUAUGAAAUGUAAAGAGCCUUUUAACGCUCUGACACGACGGAGGCAUCACUGCAGAGCCUGCGGAUAUGUGGUUUGCUGGAAAUGCUCAGACAAUAAAGUGCAGCUGGAAUAUGACAGCAACAAGAUGAACAAGGUCUGCAGGGACUGCUUCUUAAUCCUGAACGGAGAAACAAUAGCUGAGGGGAAGAAGAAGGGCAUCCUGGAGAUUGGGGCGGGUCAGUUCACAGGCAGCAGCAUCAUGUCAGGGUUCCUACAGUACUGUGAGAAGAACAAACCCUGGCAGAAGGUGUGGUGUGUCAUCCCUGAGAAGGAGUGUCUGGUGCUCUACCUCUACGGAGCUCCACAGGAUGUGAAGGCCCAGUGUACCAUCCCCCUUCUGGGUUAUUCUGUGGAAGACAGCGCCCGACCCACGGACCCCCCCGCCAGCUUCCGCCUCUCCCAAUCCAAGUCUGUCCACAACUUUGCCGCCGAAACCGAGGAUUUAAAGCAGCGCUGGCUGAAGGUGAUUCGUGUUGCGGUGACGGGAGAGAAACCAGAAUGCCCUCAGCAAAACGGCGCCAACGUGACAGACAACAACAACACCACCACCACCACACAAGAAGCUGGUACAGAUAGUACAUAAGGAGCCACCUACAAGGAAAAAAAAACAAAAAACUGCUGUUCUGUGGCUCAAGAAGGACAGGAUGUGCACAUUUGUGAGCUGCACAAACAAAAACACACAUGCACGGUCUCCACGCUGCCCUCGAGUCAAACAUGAAAUAGAAAUUCAUCGCUGGAUAAGCUGCCUUUCCUUGUCUCUCGACUAUUACCCCUCUGGAUUUUCUCAUAAACCUACACAAGACCUGUUGGCUUACACUGAGAGCUGUGCUGGAUUAUUCAAGGACAGAUCUGGUACAAUCAACACUAGAGCAAAAAACAAAAAAAAAGGACCUGAGAAUUGUUUCGAUCAGGCACUAUUAAGGACAGCUGACUUUGACUUUCCACGAACCCUUAUCCUGUGUUAACUCCUGUUGAGCCAGUGGACUACCACAGACUUAUACAGGAUGUGAAUCAAAACAAAGACUGUCCAAACUAUGUCUACUGGUGCUGGAUCUCAGCUCUGUGUACCUGUACAGUAUAGGUGUAUAGAUGUUUGUUUGUUUUUUUAAAUGUACAUAUAUAAAAGCAGUCUUGAACCCUUUUUUUUUUUUUUUUUUUUUUAAAUAUCGCAGAAAACUAUCGAAGUAUGAUAUAAAAUAUUUACAGUAUUCCCUAUGUUCUUUGCUUGAGAAGAUGGUUCCAAAAAUGCUAAAUUAUAUCAUGUGUUUGGAUCAAAAAAUGUUAUCGUCUGUAAAGCAAACUCUGGAUGCACGUCGGCUGAUCUGUGUGCCUGUUUUGCAAGAAGUAGCACCUGUUUCGAAAGAACAUGUGCUUUUUUUUUUUUACCCCCCUCUUUCCCUAAGCUUAAGGAAGUAGUUUGCAAAUCAAAUCAGUCUUUAAUAUUUAAGAUUGCUGUGAAUUCAGUUGAGCCUAAAAUAUUAUCGUCUUAUCCUGCAAGGUUGGGUGAUUUAUACCUGGGAAUGAUGGUAUUAUACUGAUUUUUUUAAAGUGUAGAAAAUCAAUCAAGAAAGCAACUUUGGAUGAUAGAUAACUAAAUACCUAACCAAUCAAUUAAAAAACAAUCAAUACUAUAAUAAUAAUAAUAAUAAUAAUAAUACAGGUUAUUAAUUUGAUACAAUGCUCUCAAUAGCAGCCAGAGGUAAACAGUACACAGUAUAUUGUGCCAUUUCACCCAACCUAAUGGCCUGUAUGUCAUUUUAAUUGAAACAGCACAUUGUAUUCUAGCUAAUGAUAGUCAUUUAUGUACGAAAUGAAUGAGUGAUGAAUGACAGGACAUGUGGAGAGCUGUUCAAGGAAUCGUUUUUUUGUGUGGCAGGGUUUUCUAUUUAGAUGCAAAUGCAGCACAAUCAGAUAUUACAAGCUGGUGCAAGAAAUGUAAAUGUGUUUUAAAUGCUGUAAUUAAUUUUAUUAUUUAAAAGUAAUUUAUAGAGUCUGACAAGCAUGAUCUGUUAAAAGUAGCACAAGGUUGUUCCCUUACUGUCAACAAAGACGUGCAGUAGGUAGAUCUUAUUUUUGUCUCAGAGCAGAUGUUUGUUUUUUUUUUCCACUAAUUCAUUGAACAUGUUGGAUGGCCUGUGAGGGGAAAUGUGCCUAUAUUUUCCAUACUGUGUUCAUUUACACCACCACCACCACCAAAUAGAACCCCUUUCCCUGUGCUCGAUGCUGGUGCUCACCCCUCCUCAGUAUUCAAAGAAAUAAAAACAGCACAAGACCCCACCCCCCUGCCUGUAAGAUCUGAAUGUAUAACCAGAUUUUUACGUGUCCUAUCUCGUCCUCGUAUACCCCCCCCCCCGGCCCCCCAAAGGUUUGAGAAUCUACGCACUUUACAGUCUUAUAAAGUGUACCUUCAAAGAAAUAAAACGAGAUGAAAUGA